UUGCUUCCCAGUAUCUCUGGCUUUCCGUCCUUGUCUUUAGAGUGGGACACCGAAUCAGGUGGGUCUUCUCCAUUUCCUCUUGAUGAACACCGAAUCAGGAUCUCUGGCUUUCCGUCGUUGUCUUUAGGACUGGACACCGAAUCAGGUGCCCUAUCGUUGUCUUUAGGGCUGGACACCGAAUCAGGGGGGGCUGUCCUUGUCUUUAGAGCUGGACACCGAAUCAGGUGGGUCUGCGUUGUCUUUAGAGCUGGACACCGAAUCAGGUUACAUAGGGGUGGGUCUUCUCCGUUUCCUCCUGUAGGUCACAUAGACAGGUGGGACUUCUCCAUUUCCUCCUGUUUCACAUCAGGUGGGUCUUCUCCAUUUCCUCCUGUAGGUUACAGAUCAGAUGGGUCUUCUCCAUUUCCUCAUGUUACAUAG